UUUAAACUCGAUUCUAGAGAGAGAAACAGAGUCAGAGAGAGAGAGAGAGAGAAAAAUAGCUUAAUAAAAAUCUCAAGCACUCACUCCAUCAAACCAAAUGAGCUCUUCUCAACUUGUCAGUAGUACCACUCAAACAACACUGACAAAGUAACCAAAACCCACCAAAAAAAAAAGGAAAAAAAAAAAAAAAAAAAAAACUCACAACAAUGUCCUCUGAUCUCUUCAUCUUUGACGGGUCUUUCUACCACCAUUCUUCAAGCCCAGAGAUGUUGGUCUCCUCAGAAGCAGAGCUCUUCUUCAACGACAAUGAAUUCUCCUCUCCUUUCUCAGACUCCGCCAUUGAUAUUCUCCAAGCUCUUUCUGACCCAAUCCAACAACAAAGCCAAAGCCAAAACCAAAACCAAAACCCACUUCUUGACCAACCCCAAAUUUCACCCCCAACUCAAGAACUCCAAAGUUUAAACCUUUACCACCCAAAUUUGGAAAAUGGGAUCGCAAAUCUCGACGCUUUUCAGAUCAAAACUGAGGAAUGCCACUUGGGCACUUUUGAGAAUAUCAACUCUUUUUACAACAACAAUGAAAAUAAUGAUUAUAAUAACAGUUAUAACUAUAGUAUUAGUGGUUCUGAUCAUUCUCAAGUAGUGCAAUUUGGUCCUCACAGCUAUAGUGGAGUUCAAAAUGUGGCCAAGUUUAUGCAGAGGAGUUGUUCUUCUUCCGGGUUUCUCUUCUCUCCAUCAGUGGAGUCUUCUUCAACCUUUGGAAACCAAGCCUCUUUCAGUUCACCUGAGAAUAAUAACAAUAAUGCCAUUUUAAAUGGUCAUAUGAGGAGGGUUUGUAGCACAGGAGAUUUGCAGAAUUUUGGAACGACAAGAACGACCCAGAGGUCGUUUUCGAGUCCUUUGGCGAAUUCAGAGAGCUCGUUCAUGGAAGAAGCGAACUUCAAAGUGGGAAAGUACAGCGCAGAGGAAAGGAAAGAGAGGAUUUCUAAAUACAGAGCAAAAAGAACUCUCAGAAACUUCAACAAGACCAUUAAGUAUGCAUGUAGAAAAACGCUAGCGGACAACAGGCCACGCAUACGCGGCAGAUUCGCGCGCAACGACGAGCCUGGUUUUGGUGAGACUCCCAAAGCUCCUUCUUCCUCCAGAGAUGAAGACGAAGAUGACCUCUGGCUUGAAGGGCUGCAUGAAGAGGAGGAAGACAAUGAAACAGCGAUGAGAGGACAGUUUCUGAACAGUACUUAUGGGCCCACACAGUUCCAGUACUAUGGCUUUUGAUUAUAGUUGGAAGAGAAGAUGAAGAAGAAGACGCUUUUCUCUCUGGUGGAGCUUUUCUUCUUUGGUGGAACAUUUCUUUACAAUAUUUUAGGUCCGGACCACAACACGGCCACAAAAUGCCUUUUUGAGCAAAGAAUCAAAGGGCUCUUUUUUUUCUUUUCUUUUCUUUUCUCUUUCUUUCUUUUUUGUUCUUAUUUUAA